AUCUAAUUAAAAAUGCAAUAAACAAAUUCUAACCGUCUACCAUUCAAUCCUCCUGGAAAAAAACUUGGAGUGUAUCGUUUUCAUAAUGAGAUUGGCAGAGGUAACUAUGGAGUUGUAAAUUAACUUGUCUAUUGAAUUAUAGGUUUAUUUAGCUAGUGAUGAUAAAGGAAAUAAAUAUGCUAUUAAAUCAAUAAAAAAGGAAAUCUUUAAAGAAAAUGGAGGUAUUAUUGGAGAUUUAAUCAGAAAUGAAAAAAAUGCACUUUUAUAAGUCAAAAAUAAACAUAUUGUGCGAAUAUAUGAAUAUAUAGAAUCUUUAAAUUAAGCUUAUAUGGUAUUCGAACUUUGUGAUGGUAAAUUACAUAUUUAACAAAGGUGGUAAUUUUGAAAGUUAUUUAACUUGGAAGAAAUUUUAAAUUGCUGUAUAUGAGGCUAUAUAAUAUUUCAAAUAAAUUGUAUAAGGAGUAUCUGCUCUACAUGAAAAAAGAAUUAUACAUAGGGAUUUGAAAUUAAGCAAUAUUUUAAUGAAAGAUAAUUCAGCUAUAUUAAAAAUUUCAGAUUUAGGAUUUUGUCAUAUUUUAUCUGGAGAUGUAUAUUAAAAAUAAAUAAAGUUUAGGAAACUCUAGUUAAAUUAAAUUUAGGUACAAUAGGGACUAAAGCACCAGAAAUAAUUCAAAAUAAACCGUAUGAUAGUUCAGUUGAUAUGUUUUCUGUUGGAGUAAUUUUUUAUUAGUUAUUAUGCGAUGGUCAUUAUCCCUUUCCACCAACAACUGAGGAAGAAUACUUGUAAGAAAUAUUAAAAGGACGUAAAAUAGUUUAAGAGUAUAAUAGCUGAAAAGAUAGAAUUUAUAACAUAAAAUAAAAUCAUUCCAUAAGAACUUUAAGAAUUAAUAAGAAAAAUGCUUCAUUAUAAUACAGAUCAAAGAUUAAAAUGGAGUUAAAUAUUUGAUUGUUCUAUUUUCAAACCAAGUAACAGUUUAUUAUUAAUUUAAAAGUUCUUUAGUUAGAAACUCAUUUAGGAUUCAAUUCAAGAAUAGAAGAUGUCAAAAAAUUAUAAGAUUUCUAUGUUAAAAAUUAAUAAAAAUUAAUUUCAAUGGUUUCACCUAAAUUUGCAGAUAUAACCGAUUUUAUUUUUCCAGAUAAAACUGAAACCUAAUCAUAGACUUCUAAAGGAUUCUCUUAAUAUCUAACUUCUAAUGAAAAUGAAUAGAUAAGUAAUAUUAGCUUUUAAAAUAAAGAUGAAAUCUUAUUAAUUUAAUAGGAAAGCUGUAAUAUUAAUGGACUUUUUGAAAAAUAUUUAUCCAAACAUAGAUAUCUUACUUUACAUUAAAUUAUUUAUGAUCAAAUACAUAAAGUAAGACAUUAAUAAAUUAAACAACCUUUAUUUCCUUUGUUUAUGUUAUCUAAAAAGAUUUUUGAUUUGUAGAAGGAAUUACUAAAAUUGUUGGAAGAAGGUGGAAAUAUAUUUAAUUCUCCUUAUUAUGAAAGCUUAAUUAUUACUGAUUAAUGGAAGUUAUUAGUCAAAGAAAUGUCGGAUAAUAAAAAUUGGAUUUUUUAAUAGAUAUAGCAUAAUCUAAAGACUUUUUAGUUGAAUAUCAAUCAGAAACCUGAUUAAGAAAAAUAAAAAUAUGUAGAACUUUCAUGGCUUGAAGAAGCAGAUGUUUAUUAUCCUAAAGAUAAUUUUGAUAAGAUUUAUAAAUCUUGUAUAAAUAGAUAUAUCUAAUAUUUAAUGGGAGAAAUAUUCUAAAUAGAAAUUGAUAAAAAUUAGAAGAAGGUUAUCAUAAUAUAAUUAGUAAAAUGCAUGAGAGUUAAGGAAAUAUAUGUUGAAGAUAUAAAUAUUUAUUAACUUGAAACCUUACUUUAUAAUAAAGAUCUAGAUAAAAUUUUUGAAUAAUCAUGUGCAUUUUAUGAUUAAAACAAUUGA